AUGCGUCCUGAGCUUGAGCAAGAGCUCGCCCACACCCUGCUCGUCGAGCUCCUUGCUUACCAGUUCGCCUCUCCCCCAUUCGACGCCGCCAAGUCAGUUCAGAGACAGAUUCUUUGCUACAACAAGGACGCAAAGGAGAUCUACUACGAUGUAGAUCCCGUGGAGGAUGAGCCUGAGCCGGUUGCGGCUAGCUCGUCAUCUAGUGCUCCCGCUCCCGCUGCCGCUGCUGCUCCGGCUGCUGCUGCCGCUGCUCCGGCCCCGAGUGCUGGCCCGGCGGCUUCGGUUCCUGAUGCCCCAGUCCCCGCUCUUGACAUUGUCAGGUCGUUGAUCGCCCAGAAGCUCAAGAAGCCCUUCGCAGAGAUUCCUUUGAGCAAGGCUAUCAAGGAUUUGGUUGGAGGCAAGUCCACUCUACAAAACGAAAUCCUUGGUGAUCUAGGCAAGGAGUUCGGAUCCACACCAGAGAAGCCCGAAGAUACACCACUCGAUGAGUUGGGGGCUGCUAUGCAGGCUACCUUCGAUGGUAACCUGGGCAAGACCACCCAGGGCCUUAUCGCUCGUCUUAUUUCCUCCAAGAUGCCCGGUGGCUUCAACAUCACAUCAGCACGCAAAUACCUUGAGACAAGGUGGGGUCUCGCUUCUGGCCGCCAGGACGGCGCGCUUCUGCUCGCCAUCACUAUGGAGCCUCCAGCUCGUCUUGGCUCCGAGGCCGAUGCGAAGGCCUAUUUGGAUGAUGUUACUCAAAAGUACGCCUCUCAUGCUGGCGUCAGCUUGUCCACCGCGGCCGCGGCCGGCCCUGCUGCCGGAGGUGGAGGCGGCAUGAUGAUGGAUCCUGCUGCCAUUGAGGCUCUUACCAGUGACCAGAAGGCCAUGUUCAAACAACAAUUGGAGCUUAUCGCCAGAUAUCUCAAGAUCGAUAUCCGCGCCGGAGACAAGGCUUUCCAGGCGUCUCAAGAGUCAUCCAAGGUCCUUCAGUCACAGUUGGAUCUCUGGAUGGCCGAGCACGGCGAUUUCUACGCUGCCGGCAUUGAGCCUGUUUUCAGCUCGCUCAAGGCUCGCGUGUACGACUCCUCCUGGAACUGGGCUCGCCAGGAUGCUCUCAGCAUGUACUACGAUAUUAUCUUCGGCAGGCUGAAGGCCGUUGAUCGCGAGAUUGUCAGCCAGUGCAUCCGCAUCAUGAACCGCUCCAACCCCACCCUCCUCGAGUUCAUGCAAUACCACAUCGACAACUGCCCUACGGAGCGCGGAGAGACGUAUCAGCUCGCCAAGGAGUUGGGUGCUCAGCUUAUUGAGAACUGUAAGGAGGUUCUCAGCGUUGACCCCGUCUACAAGGAUGUUGCCGUUCCUACCGGCCCCCGUACCACCAUCGACGCUCGUGGCAACAUCAAGUACGAGGAGAUUCCUCGUGCAAGCUGCCGCAAGCUUGAGCACUACGUUCAGCAGAUGGCUGAGGGUGGCAAGAUCUCUGAAUACAGCAACCGUACCAAGGUUGAGAACGACCUUGCCCGUAUCUACAAGCUGAUCAAGCAACAGCACAAGCUUUCCAAAAACUCCCAGCUCGAGAUCAAGUCUCUAUAUGGUGACAUCAUCAGGUCUUUGAGCAUGAACGAGAGCCAGAUCAUGCCCAAGGAAUCUAGCAAGGUCAGCAGCGUCUUGUCCAAGUCGUCGUCCAAGUCCAAGGGCAAGACCGAGACGAUCCCCUUCCUCCACCUGCGCAAGAAGUCCGAGCACGGUUGGGAUUACAGCAAGAAGCUCACCGGUCUCUACCUGGACUGCUUGGAGCAGGCGGCCAAGAAUGGUGUUACCUUCGCCAACAAGUACGUGCUCAUGACUGGUGCGGGCGCCGGUUCCAUCGGUGCCGAAGUCCUUCAAGGUCUUAUCAGCGGUGGUGCCAAGGUCAUUGUCACGACCAGCCGCUUCUCCCGUGAAGUUACCGAGUACUACCAGUCCAUGUACGCCAGAUUUGGCGCCCGUGGCUCCCAGCUCGUUGUGGUUCCCUUCAACCAGGGUAGCGUGCAGGACGUCAACGCCUUGGUCGACUACAUCUACGACACCAAGGCUGGUCUUGGCUGGGAUCUUGACUACAUUGUUCCUUUCGCCGCCAUCUCUGAGCAGGGUCGCCAGAUUGAUGGCAUUGACUCCAAGUCCGAGUUGGCUCAUCGUAUCAUGUUGACCAACCUCAUCCGCCUCCUUGGCGCCGUCAAGGCUCAGAAGGCCGAGCGCGGUUUCGAAACUCGUCCCGCCCAGGUCAUCCUCCCGCUCUCUCCUAACCACGGCACCUUUGGCAGCGAUGGUCUUUACUCCGAGUCCAAGCUCGGUCUCGAGACUCUCUUCAACAGGUGGCAUGCUGAGGACUGGGCUAACUACCUCACUAUCUGCGGUGCCAUCAUUGGUUGGACUCGUGGUACCGGUCUCAUGUCUGGCAACAACUUGGUUGCCGAGGGCGUCGAGAACUUUGGUGUCCGCACUUUCUCCCAACAGGAGAUGGCCUUCAAUUUGCUUGGCCUCAUGUCGCCCACUAUUGUCGACUUGUGCCAGAACGAGCCUGUCUUCGCUGAUCUGAACGGCGGUCUUCAGUUCAUUACUAACUUGAACGAGACCAUGACUAGUCAGCGCAAGAACCUUAUGGAAACCAGCGAUAUCCGCAAGGCUGUCACCAAGGAGACUGCUAUUGAGAACAAGAUCGUCAAUGGUGAGGAUUCCGAGGCUCUGUACAAGAAGAAGGUUAUCGAGCCCCGCGCCAACAUCAAGUUUGACUUCCCGACCUUGCCUGACUGGAAGUCCGAAGUUGCUCCUCUUAACGACUCUCUCAAGGGUAUGGUUGAUCUGGAGAAGGUCGUUGUCGUCACUGGUUUCGCCGAGGUUGGUCCCUGGGGUAACUCCAGAACCCGCUGGGAGAUGGAGGCCUAUGGCGAGUUUUCGCUUGAGGGCUGCAUUGAGAUGGCCUGGAUCAUGGGUCUCAUCAAGAACCACAAUGGUCCCAUCAAGGGCAAGCCUUACUCUGGCUGGGUUGACGCCAAGACUGGCGAGCCCGUUGAUGACAAGGACAUCAAGCCCAAGUACGAGAAGUACAUCCUCGAGCACUCCGGUAUCCGUCUGAUCGAGCCCGAGCUGUUCGAUGGCUACGAUCCCAACAAGAAGCAGCUUCUCCAGGAGGUUGUCAUUGAGGAGGAGCUCGAUCCCUUCGAGGCCACCAAGGAAACCGCUGAGGAGUUCAAGAGAGAGCAUGGCGAUAAGGUUGACAUCUUUGAGAUUCCCGAGACUGGUCAGUACACUGUCCGUCUGAAGAAGGGUGCCUCGCUCUGGAUCCCCAAGGCUCUGCGCUUCGAUCGCCUGGUUGCUGGCCAGAUCCCUACCGGCUGGGACGCCAAGCGUUACGGUAUCCCUGAGGACAUCAUUUCUCAGGUUGAUCCCGUCGCUCUCUUUGUGCUUGUGUCUACUGUGGAAGCUCUUCUCUCGUCUGGUAUUACCGACCCCUAUGAGUUCUACAAGUAUGUCCAUGUCUCUGAAGUGGGUAACUGCGUCGGUUCCGGCAUGGGUGGUGCUACUGCGCUCCGUAACAUGCAUCGCGACAGGUACCUUGAUAAGCCUGUUCAGAACGAUAUUCUUCAGGAGUCCUUCAUCAACACUAUGGCCGCAUGGGUUAACAUGCUCCUGAUCUCGUCUUCUGGACCCAUCAAGACGCCAGUCGGUGCUUGCGCCACCGCUGUCGAGUCUAUCGACAUUGGUUACGAGACCAUUAUGGAGGGCAAGGCCCGGGUGUGCUUCGUCGGUGGCUUCGAUGACUUCGGUGAGGAGGGCUCGUAUGAGUUCGCCAACAUGAAGGCUACCAGCAACGCUGUUGAUGAGUUUGCCCAUGGCCGCACGCCCAAGGAGAUGUCCAGGCCUACUACUACUACGAGAAACGGCUUCAUGGAGUCGCAGGGUAGCGGUGUUCAGGUCAUCAUGACCGCCAAGCUUGCCUUGGAUAUGGGCGUCCCCAUCUAUGGUGUCCUUGCUUUGACCACCACCGCUUCUGACAAGAUUGGUCGCUCCGUCCCUGCUCCCGGCAAGGGUGUUCUCACUACUGCUCGCGAGCGCCAGGGCAGCCUUCCCUCGCCCCUUCUCGAUAUCAAGUACAGACGUCGCCAGAUUGAGCGCCGGAAGAAGCAGCUUGAGAACGAGAAGGAGGAAGAGCUUGAGUAUCUCGCCGAUGAGAUUGAGGCCCUCAAGGCCGAGGGCAGGCCGCAGAAUGAGAUUAACGACUAUGCCCGCCAUAGAACUCAACACAUUGAAGAGGAGGCUGAAAGGCAGGUCAAGGAAGUUCUCCGCAGCUACGGCAACAACUUCUGGAAGGGCGAUGCUACGAUUGCUCCCCUUCGUGGCGCCCUUGCUACUUGGGGCCUCACUAUUGACGAUCUUGACGUCGCCUCUUUCCACGGUACUUCUACCAAGGCCAACGACAAGAACGAGUCGUCUGUCAUUUGCCAGCAGCUCCGUCAUCUCGGCCGCAAGAAGGGCAAUGCUGUGCUCGGCAUUUUCCAGAAGUAUCUCACUGGUCAUCCCAAGGGUGCCGCUGGUGCCUGGAUGAUGAACGGCUGCUUGCAAGUGCUCAACAGUGGCCUCGUCCCUGGCAACCGCAACGCCGACAACGUUGACGCUGUCAUGGAGGAGUUUGACUACAUUGUUUACCCUAGCAAGAGUAUCCAAACUGAUGGUGUCAAGGCCUUCUCCGUUACAUCGUUCGGUUUCGGCCAGAAGGGUGCUCAGGCUAUUGGUGUCCAUCCCAAGUAUCUUUAUGCCACUCUUGACGAGGAGGCGUUCAACGCUUACCGCACCAAGGUCGAGACUCGCCAGAAGAAGGCCUACCGCUUCUUCCACAACGGUCUCAUCAACAACACCCUGUUCGUUGCCAAGGACAACUCUCCUUACUCUGAUGACCAGCUUCAGUCCGUUCUUCUCAACCCCAAGGCCCGUGUUACCGAGGACAAGAAGACCGGUCAGCUCACGUAUCCCGCCAACUUCAUGGAGGCGGAGGCGGCGCAGGAGGUGCAGAAGAAGAGCGGGGAAUCUCUUGAGUCAACUGUUGCCCGUGCUGCCAACCGUCUCAAGAACAGCAACACCCGUGUUGGUUUCGAUCUUGAGGAUAUUUCCUCCAUCAACAUCGACAACGAAACUUUCCUGGAACGCAACUUCACCGAGGCUGAGCUCCAGUACUGCAAGGCCCCUAGCACUGGCCGUUCGCCGCAGAAGUCGUUUGCUGGUCGCUGGACCGCGAAGGAGGCCGUCUUCAAGUCACUUGGUGUUACCAGCCAGGGUGCUGGUGCGUCCUUGAAGGACAUUGAGAUCCUCUCGGAUAACAACGGCGGUCCCGUGGUGAAGUUGCACGGUGCUGCUUUGGAGGCCGCGAACAAGGCUGGCGUUUCCAAGGUCAACGUGACGUUGUCCUACUCUGACAGCCAUGCUGUUGCCAUUGCUACGGCUCACUUCUAG